AUGUCGUCUCUUCCGAACUUCGAUGACCUUCCUCCUGUCAAUGGAAUGCCGCAAGGCUGUUCUUGGGGCAUCUUCGACAAAGGUGACAAGAAAGAUGUCUUGGGAACCCUGAAUCUACUCACCCCAGAAGUUGUCAAGGAUGCUGUCGCGGAGGUUCGCCAUGGCGUGUCUAUUUCUCUCAAUUGGCCCAUCGGAAGCAUCAAAAUCCCAGGAUUCUUUCGAAAAAGCCUCUGUCAUAAUGUCACAAAGUUGGAAGACCCAGUAUCUGGCAGCCACUAUGGGUUCGACGAUGAGGUCGAGUUCAAUACCCAAGCCAGUAGUCAAUGGGAUAGUUUCGCUCAUUUCACGCACCUCCCAGCCGGCCUCACCUACAAUGGAGUGAAACCAACAAUCGAAGCAUUCCACACCCCCGAGUCAGCUCAACACCUGCCAACACUAGACCGCCGAGGCGUAAUGCUAGACUUCAAGAGUUACGCGGAGAUCCACGGGAUAAGCUACAACCAAUUCUCCGGUUUCCGAAUUGGGAUUACCGAGCUGGAAGCAGUGGCGACCUGGCAGGGGUUAACCUUCCGGGCAGGCGAUAUCCUCCUCAUCCGAUUCGGCGUAACCGAGACACUGGGUCAAAUGACUGGCGCCGAGCAGGGAGCUGCGAUGUGCAGUGGCAGGAUGUGUGGGCUGGAGGGGAGUAAGGAAAUAGUACGAUGGCUUUGGGAUCGGCAUUUCGCUGCUGUUGUGAGUGACAACUCGGCGGUUGAGGCUAUGCCGCCUAUCGUUAAUGGUGUGGAACAACCUACCCAUGAGCUUGUGUUGCAUCAGUGGUGUCUUAGUUUGUUGGGUAUUCCGCUUGGUGAGCUUUGGGAUUUGAAGGAGCUGGCGGAGGCUUGUAGGGCUAGUAAGCAGUACUCUUUCUUGCUUACUUCGUCACCGCUGAAUUUUCCUGGUGCUAUUGCGAGCCCGCCUAAUGCAUUGGCCAUUCUGUGA